UAGAGAACACUCCAUUUUCUUAUCACCUGGACAAAUUUCUAAUUGGCUCCUGGCUCCUUACUAUUAAUAGCUGUUGAAGAUUACUGAAUGCCUAAUUUAGCACUGCCUGGGAUGACACAACUGCUGCUUGGCUGUUUUACUGCCAGUAUGCACAGCUCACACCACAGGAAGGCUCAAGCUAAUUGAUGAGAUCCCUGCCCUCCGAGCCUGAGUCCCAGUCAUGCUUCCCACAAGCCUUCCAUCGCAGUGACCUUGCUGGCUCCUCAUUAUUCCUCCUGUCUGCUUUUGUGCCAAGGCUGGGGAAAAAAGGCAAAGCAAGCAUACUUCCUGUGUUUGACUGUAGACACAUUCAACUUCAUCCGUACCCAAGCUCAGGAAAUAUGGAAACCCUGGAAGGCACUCCUGAAUUUCCAUCUGAACUCACACUGCCAGGAUGGGCAAACAGAACAGCAAGCUGCGGCCGGAGGUGAUGCAGGAUCUGCUGGAAAGCACCGACUUCACGGAACACGAGAUCCAGGAGUGGUACAAAGGCUUCUUGAGGGACUGCCCCAGCGGACACCUGUCCAUGGAAGAAUUUAAGAAAAUCUACGGGAACUUUUUCCCUUAUGGGGACGCUUCGAAGUUUGCAGAGCAUGUCUUCCGUACCUUUGAUGCCAAUGGAGAUGGGACAAUAGACUUCAGAGAAUUCAUCAUAGCCUUGAGUGUGACAUCCAGGGGCAAGCUAGAGCAGAAGCUGAAAUGGGCCUUCAGCAUGUACGACCUGGAUGGGAAUGGCUACAUCAGCAAGGCUGAGAUGUUGGAGAUUGUGCAGGCAAUCUAUAAGAUGGUUUCAUCUGUAAUGAAGAUGCCUGAAGAUGAAUCAACUCCAGAGAAGAGGACAGAGAAGAUUUUCCGCCAAAUGGACACCAACAGAGAUGGAAAACUCUCCCUGGAGGAGUUCAUUCGUGGGGCCAAGAGCGACCCAUCCAUCGUGCGCCUGCUGCAGUGCGACCCAAGCAGUGCUGGCCAGUUCUGAGCUCCUCCCCCCACCCAACCUCGAAUCCUAGAGCUGCUUGGGUUCCCUUUUGACUUUUUUUUUUUUUUAAACAAUUUCUUGGUUUUGGGGUUUUUUGUUUUGUUUUGUUUUGUUUUGCCAAAUGAUAUUGAUGGUGACGCUGUUCCCUGUCCAGCAGACGCACCUUCCUCCGUGACGCCUUCAGCUGCUUUUGUCGUGGACGCCUCUUGGGGAUGCCCAGAGCCUCCCACCUACUCUGUGCACUUGUGGCGAGCAUGGACAGAACUUGGCGGUGUGUGUUGUUUGACGAGCCUUCGUUAUUGUUAUUUUUUUCUCUAUUUUAAUUCUAAUGUCUCCAUUCUUAAACAACCUAAGACUUGGGGGGGGAGUCAGAGAAGGGAACUGCAUCCCACCAGGUAAACCCAACCAAGCCGAGCUUUAGAGAAGCUUUGCUGGAAAAGGGGCUGCCUGCCCGCCUCUUGCGGGAGGGGUGAUACAGGAUUUCGUAAGAACAAGCUCCCUGGUGGGGCGAGGCUGUUAAAAGGAGCCCUACCCUACCCCACCCUCUGCCCCAGCAGGCCGUGGUUUCUAAGCUGUGAAUAUUUCAAGGUAAAAGGAUAGAAGAGAGGAAAAAAAUGGCUCAGCAAUUUUUUUCACAGGUUUACACUAGUUGAGCUAAUACAGGUUCUGUGGAAAUUGAACUCGAGUGGUCAACAUGUUCCCAAACCAGACCCAUUUGUUGCCUAAUUGUGGCAAAAAGAAGACUGCUGUACAUAAACUAUCGGGUAUUGCAGACCAAACUCAGUGUCUUGCCUUGUUCAAAUGCAUGUUUAGUGAGCACUAAUACAAUCUUAUUACAGAAGGCUGUUUUCAGUCGCUUAUUGUGAAGUAAGCCAACUAUAAUGAAUGUCUAUGUCUUGUUCUCAAGUCAUAUCUGUCUUUGCACAAACGUACCAAUCAGCAAGUAUGUUUUUAGAAUAUUCUGUACCAGUGCAGAGUAACCACGACGAGAGCCCAGCUCAGAUUCAGAAUGCUUUGCCAGAGUCUCAGCACCUGGAGGACAGAAAGGCAGCACAGGGGUGAGGAAGGCCAAGCAGAAGCCCCAACAGGUGUACAGUGCUGAGAGGAGCGGAGAUGCUGCUUGGACCACAGCCGGACAGGUCACGGCAGCCUUAGAAGAUUAAUAUUCUGCAAACUGAAAAAAAAAACAAAAAACUAGCCUGAAUUCUCAUGACUUCCCAGUGAUUGAAUCAACAUGUAAUGUUCAGGAGCCAUCUCUGGAACAAUCGUGCUUCCAUGCCCUUCCCCCUCCCACACACUUUAAAGAGGCUGAGUUUGGGGCAUAUUCAUCUUACGGAAGACCUGGACAAGUGCAUCUGUGCUUUCCAGCACUCACUGUGGGAGAAUCCAGCAUCCUCCACCAACCCCGCCCCCUCAACAUGUUCUUUGAAUGCAGAUUGCUAUUUGUAGAAGUGACAGUUUCCAGAUGGGUGACCUCAUGGACCAUUGUUCAAAUCAAUAGCCGAGAGCCAACAGCACUGGUCACAGGCAAGCCAGGGGUUCACAAGCAUUGGCAUGACAAGUAUCCAGCCCUCAGAGAGGCAAGUGUGAAAAUCCACCCCAGGGACAGCCGAGAGAUCUCUGGGGGCAGGGAGGGAGCUGUGUAUUGCUUCCAUGUCACAAUCUAUGAAACAGGAGCUGUGGAACAUCAACAUCAACACCAUGGCCAUCAGGAAAAUGUGGCUGAGUCCAUUCUAACGCCCAGGUUCCAUGCAUGAACUGAACUCAUUCAAAGUGGUCGCCAAAAAAGAAAAAAAAAAAAAAAGACCAGACUUAGUGAAAUUACCCAGCACUCUGUCCAGUGUGUGUUCAAGAAACUUGCCCCAAGGUCUCUUGCUGUGGAGUAAUGACCUAAUUCCUCCUCUGUUCUCCUUUCAUGGAUGGAAUGUGCUAGCAUUUGCAGAAACCCAGCAGGACUCUGGCUUUGGCCAUGACAUCUUAUUGGGCCAGACCCACCCUGUUCCUUAGAAUGUAGAGCAGGUGACAGGCUAUAAAGGUCUCCCAAGUGUUUGGAAAGAAAACAGCCAGAUGCCCAGCUAAUGAGCACCAACGCUACCAGAAGAUCCAGAAACAGCCCUCAACACUGGCCAGCCACUUGACCCCAUCAACAUUUCCUCAAGGAUUGUUUUUCUCCUUUCCCUCCUGCCCAGGAAGGCCUGGGUGUGUCCACUCCAACGCACUCAAGUUAGGCCGAGGGACUGACUCCAUGGCACUCAGAAGGCCAGUUGUCUACAGGUGUAUACCACUCCUGUGUCAGAAUGUUCAUUGUCAUUGAUGUUUUAAAGGGGGGGGGUCUCUGGAAAUUAGGUCUGUUUUGUCCUGAAUAAAGCCAGCCUGUGAAGCCCAAGGGACUGGAAUAAAGUAUCUUGAGAUCUGAA